AUGGGCUCCUCUUUUAAGAAUGUUCUUCUAAUUGGCGCGAGCGGAAACCUGGGUGUCCAUGUUUUGAAAUUGUUCUUGGAUUCUCCGUACAAUGUCACUAUCCUGACCCGCAAGGAAUCGACCUCAACCUUCCCCGAAGGUGUGCCUGUCCUCAGGGCGGAUUAUUCCGACGUGAACGAACUCAAGUCCGCAAUGGAAGGCCAGGACGUGGUAAUUAGUAUGGUUGCCGUCUUCGCAACAGGUGGUCAACAGAAUCUGGUCGAUGCGGCCAUAGCCGCUGGCGUAAAGAGAUUCUUGCCUAGCGAAUUCGGGCCCCCCUCGCGAGAUGAAAAGUUCGCCACCCUGCAUCCUGCCUUGCCACCCAAGGUGGCCAUGGUUGACUAUCUGCGAUCGAAAGAGUCUCAGAUAUCUUGGUCUGCGCUUAUUCCAGGCGCUUUCUUUGACUGGGCUAUGAGCAUUGGACUAUUCGGCUUCGACAUCAAUUCCAAAACGGUAACGCUGAUCGACGGCGGGACUGCCGUAUUCACAGCUACGACCCUACCGACAAUCGCAAAAGCAACCCUUGCUAUGCUAGAACACGCUGAUGAGACGAAGAACCAAUACGUCUUUAUAUCUUCCUUCCAUAUAAGUCAGAACGAUAUUCUCGAUGUGGUAAACAAGCUUGACGGCCAGAAAUGGACAGUGAAGCAUACUACAUCUGAAGAACUAAUCGCCCAAGGCAACAAGAGGAUAGCCGAAGGAGACAUGUGGGGUGCCACGGAUCUCGUUGGAGGUGGCGCGCUUGGCAAACAAGCUCUGGGGGACUCGAGGCCCUGGGGACUGUGGGACGAGAAGUUGGGACUUCAGAAGGAUGACUUGGAGAAAGCUGUUAGAGAGGUUCUUUCCUAG